AUGCACCCUGAGGAGGAGGAAGGGGAGGACCUCGAAAUGGGAGUCUUUGGCACCCAGUAUAGCCAGGCUGUGUUGAUGGUGGGCCGAGUGUGUUGUGAAGCUGAUGAAAACCUCCAACCAGUGCCCGAGUCAUUGAACCUCAACGCCCACAGUUUACUACUGGAGCCUAUCUUCACUGGUGUUCUUCCUGGUGGACCGGGAGCUAGUGGUAGAGGGAAAAGGCUUAUUCUGAACGUACAGGCCUUGGACAGCUACACUGUGUUCCCCGGCUGUGUUGUUGGAGUUAUCGGUCGGACUAGUCCCAACAGCUGUGGUGGUGAGCUGCUGGCUGAGGCGAUGGUCACUGGGGCUGGUCUCCAGUGGAGUAGGAAGACUUCUGGGGAGGAGCCCGCAAUCUCCCUCGAAGUGGCUCAUGCUGAUGGUGCUCCCAUACAUGUGCUUUCCGCCAGCGGUCCGUUCCAAUCGUUGAAGGGGAAGGUUAUGGGCGGCCAAAGACUGGAUGUCAUUACUCAAUACGUAUCGGAUAUCAAGCCGGGAGUGCUCAUCCUCAUGGGGCCUUACAUGGAUGUUGAUUAUAUGGAGGCGACUGUAGCUGAGGAGGUUGAGACGCCGAUGAGCUUCGAAGAUACGUUUAAUAAAGAGAUCUUACCGAGGUUGAUUAAGUUGGCGCUCACGUGCAGAGAGACGCGGACACAUGUAUGA